CUCCCGCCUCCGCCUCCAGGUCGCCGGCCGCCGGCGACUCGCCGCCACCGCCAGUGUAGCCGCCCGGCCGCGCUCGGCGGGCCCCUGAGCCGCAGCCAUGGGGUGCUGGGGUCGGAACCGGGGCCGGCUGGUGUGCAUGCUGAUGCUGACCUUCAUGUUCAUGGUGCUGGAGGUGGUGGUGAGCCGGGUGACCUCGUCGCUGGCGAUGCUCUCCGACUCCUUUCACAUGCUCUCGGACGUGUUGGCGCUGGUGGUGGCGCUGGUGGCUGAGCGCUUCGCCCGGCGGACCCACGCCACCCAGAAGAACACGUUCGGCUGGAUCCGGGCCGAAGUGAUGGGGGCUCUGGUGAACGCCAUCUUCCUGACCGGCCUCUGCUUCGCCAUCCUGCUGGAGGCCAUCGAGCGCUUCAUCGAGCCGCACGAGAUGCAGCAGCCGCUGGUGGUCCUCGGGGUCGGCGUGGCCGGGCUGCUGGUCAACGUGAUGGGGCUCUGCCUCUUCCACCAUCACAGCGGCUUCGGCAACGACUCCGGCCACGGCCACUCGCACGGGGGUCACGGCCACGGCCUCCCCAAGGGGGUCCGCGGCAAGAGCAACCGCACCGGGGAGAGCGACGACAGCGUGACCCCGGGCGAGCAGAGGCCCGACCUGGAGGAGACCAACACCCUGGUGUCCAAUAGCAGCAACUCCAACGGGCUGAAACUGGACCGGCCAGAUCCAGAAAAGUCCAGAAAUGAUGCGGUGGAAGUACAAGUGAAUGGGAAUCUUAUCAGAGAACCUGACCAUGUGGAAUUGGAAGAUGAUGAUAAGGCUGGACAACUUAACAUGCGUGGAGUUUUUCUGCAUGUCUUUGGAGAUGCUUUGGGUUCAGUGAUUGUAGUAGUAAAUGCCUUGGUCUUUUACUUUUCUUGGAAGGGUUGUCCUGAAGGGGAGUUUUGUGUGAAUCCAUGUACCCCUGACCCCUGCAGAGCAUUUAUAGAAAUAAUUAAUAGUACUCAUGCAACAGUUCAUGAGGCCGGUCCUUGCUGGGUGCUCUAUUUAGAUCCAACUCUUUGCAUUGUAAUGGUUUGUAUACUUCUUUACACAACUUACCCAUUGCUUAAGGAAUCUGCUCUUAUUCUUCUGCAAACUGUUCCUAAACAAAUUGAUAUCAAAAAUUUGAUAAAAGAACUUCGUGAUGUUGAAGGAGUUGAGGAAGUUCAUGAAUUACAUGUUUGGCAGCUUGCUGGAAGCAGAAUCAUUGCCACUGCUCACAUAAAAUGUGAAGACCCGACAUCAUACAUGCAGGUGGCCAAAAUCAUUAAAGACGUUUUUCAUAAUCACGGAAUUCACGCUACUACCAUUCAGCCUGAAUUUGCUAGUGUAGGCUCUAAAUCAAGUGUAGUCCCAUGUGAACUUGCCUGCAGAACUCAGUGUGCUCUGAAGCAGUGUUGUGGGACACGGCCACAAGCCCCUUCUGGAAAGGAUGCAGAAAAGGCCCCAACAGUUAGCAUUUCUUGUCUAGAACUUAGUGACAAUCUAGAGAAGAAGCCCAGGAGGACUAAAGUUGAAAGCAUCCCUGCUGUUGUGAUAGAGAUUAAAAAAAUGCCAAACAAACAACCUGAAUCAUCUUUGUGAGUCUUGAGAAAGAUGUGAUAUUUGACUUUUGCUUUAAACUGCAAGAGGAAAAGACUCCAUUGAAAUUCUAAGUUUGCCAGGUAGUGUAUUGAAGUCCUUGUCUGGUCACACAGUUUAAUUCUAUUUUUGUAAGAACAUAAUGGGACUGCUUAACAGAGUUCUUAUUACAACUUUGUGAUUAUUAGUGCAGAGUACAGCUAUGCUGUAACAAUUUUGGAAAGCCAGUUUUAACACUAUGUUACAUUUUUCUUUAAAGUAAGUAUAAACCUUAUAUAACAUAAUGACAUUUGAUUUCCAGUUUUUCCAUGGUAAAAAAUUAAUUAGGGGGAUAAAUAAAUUAAAAUUGUUACUGGAAUUUCUCUGCUUUUCUUUUCCCCCAAUGUUAUACUUUGUUUUUUAGAGUUAUAAUCACUAAACUUGAAAAAUCAUCAACAGGUUUGUUUCCUUUGACGUUUUGCCCUCUGAAAUCAUUACAUAGCAUAAUGGCAGCAUGUUUUUGAGAAUGACUCAUGGAUAUUAUUAGGAAAAGUUCCCUUUUUUUCCUUCACGUGGGGUAUUUGUGAUACUAAAGAUCAGUUACUAUCCUGGAUUCUAUAUUGCUGAGUAUUAUUCUAAUAAACAGUUGAGAUAAUUAACAAGUUGAACUACAGUUUACAUAUAAUAGGGCAUAUGGAGAGUAAGAGCAGGGAAGAUGGUUUACCAAAUUAAAUACUUAGAUUGUUGGAAGUUAAUAUUCAGACCGCAUGUUUUCUUUUACCAAAGUUAGUCUAAAAUGUGGACAUGUUCACCAGCAUUACUUUCUCUGAAAGAUUGGCAUUAGGAACAUUGAGCUCAAAGUUCAUUUAAUGAAAUACAUACAGUAAAUAUUUUUAAGGAACUUAAAGCUAAUCUGAUAGUCCGUGUUAAAUGCAAGCUUAUUAGUGUAAUCUUUCAAAUUGUAGAUAUUUAAACAAAACUUAAAGACUUAGUCAUUUCAUGGUGACCAAUCAUGAAUGGAUUCAAACGGAGCUUUUUUCGAGUACAACCAGCAGCUCUUGUGCUUUGCCUGUAGCUAUUGACUUAGGAAAAGAAGGAAAUCUAAUGGUUAGUGCAGUUUAAAUGUUAAAUUCUUAAAAAAACAAAGUUAAAGCAAAAUUAAUAAUUAAGGUUCUGUAGGUCAUCUGUCUUGACAUUGCUCAGAUCUCGCAGUAGUGGCUUAUUUUGUAAAGAUGCCACACUGUCUACACAGGAAAUUGUUUUUGGCUAUUUCGUUGUUGCUAUGGGUUUUGAAUCCAUACACAAAUAUUAUUUAAGGAUAUUUAAGUUAUAUUUUUCUUGACAGAGAAGGGUUAUGCUUUGUGAAGAAACUAGAUUUUUGUCCUCAUAAGGAUGAAUAUUCAUAUCAGUUAUCAUGUAUAGCUCUAUUUUUCUAGAAAUAAGGUAUCCUGACUACUUCAGUAACUUUUAUAGCUGACUACUUUUGGGAUGGCUACCUUUUGGGAUUUGAAAUAAUUCAUUGUUUAAUGGGUCUUAAGAUGAAAGCGUUGGCAUUGGACAGUUAACUUUUUAAAGGGAUCUUUUGUGGUAGAUGGUGUCUUUUUCUAGUAUAAGCCUGUUGCUGGCAAUGGGCCUAUUUAAGAACAGCCGAUUUUUCCAGUGAGAAUGAGGUAAUUUUAGGAACACAGUUUGUAAGUUCACAUUUGCUAUAAUGGGCCAAAACCAUAACCUGCCAAUUUGCAAUACAUCUUGAUCUUUUAAUACUCUUAUCUGAUAAUUGUGUAAUUCAGUUCCUAAACCGGAAGUUACUUUCGAUUUUGCAAAAAAAUUUUAAACAUGAGAUUCGGGAAUCUCAUCAUAUGGGUAAACGAGGGAAAGCUUCAAACUACUGUAUCACGUACAUUCCUGGUUCAACACUUAGAACUACAAACCAUUAAGAUCUUCAAACAGUUUAUGUUACAGAAACAUUUUGGUAAUAACACAUAGAGUAGGAUAACUGGUAAAAUACAUUCAGUGGGGUUUUCUUUACAAAUGCUUUAUUGGGUCUUUCUUAAAGGUUGUAUAAUGUAUAAGACAUCAGCUAAAUGAGGAUUUUUUUUUUAAUGGUGUAUAAGCAUGGGACAAGGGCUUUUUUUUUUUUUCAAAAGUGCUUUGAAGGUAACAGCCUUUAGAUUUCAGUUACUUCACUUUUCAUAAUUUUUAAAUCGCUUAUACGUAACAAAGUGGUACCAUAGAAUUCUUUUUUCAAAGGACUUUGUUAUAAUAGCAAAAUCUGUGGGCACUGACUCACCUUUUGAGUUUUAGCAGAGAAUUAUUUAUUUCUUUACAAUGCACUUUCUAACCCAUUUUUAGCAUUAUCUUUUAAAAAAUGCUUUUAUAUUUAAAUAUUGUGGGAUUUAAGUGUCUUUUCCAAAAUAGCUUAUUCCUUCCUGAAAGAAAAUGAGGGAAAUAACCCUGAAUUCGUAGGACACUUAAACUCAAUAUUUAAAUAUGCUGUUUUAUAGCAAUGCAUCAAUUUUAGGAGGUGCAUCUCUCCUGCUGGCUCUUUUAUAUUUGAGCAAGAUCAGUGUAUUUAGAAUAUGUGUUUAGAAACUUGUCUGUUGUCUCAGUUUAGUGAAAAGGAGGUGCUGCAUGUACCUGAAAUAAAACCAACUCCAAUUUUUCCAAGCCCAGUGCCGCCUUAGUGAGGAGAGAUUGCCUUCUCCCUUGUCACCUUUCAGCUUCUGUGAUUGUUUCAUAAAGGGUUUUGGGAGGGCAUCUGCAUUGUAAAAAUACGGACUAGAACCUUAAAGUCAAAAAAGGGCAAAAACUUUGGUGUAUGAAUUUUAGCAUUUUAGAAAAUAAUGUUUGAAUAACUAAGGUAUGUAAUUUGAAUCGGAAAAAUGUCCAUCAAGAGCGCCUUGGAAACAUCUCAGUAGGUAGAAGACUGUGUUAACAUGUUUGUAUCCUGUUAACAUGCUCAGUUAAUUUUGAAUUUUCGAAAGUUUUGAGGGAAAGGGCCUAUGGAACCUAAUGUGAAGUAUUUAGUAGGCUAACUGGUAUUAAGUUGAAGAUUCUUUUACUGUUUAUAAACAGAUACCAUUUGAAUGAUAUAAAUGUCAUUUACCUGCUGUCUUAAGGUGUUCACACAUACACAAAUAUGGAGAAUAAUUCUACAAUAUAGAAAUAUUUAUUUUAAUAGAGUUUUAGUUAAGGCAUAAAACAGUGUUAAAACUCUUGGGAAGGUGGAGGGUUUUUGUUGUUUUUUAAGUGGAAAACUGUCAAAUACAGUGUUUGGCCAUCUGAAAUGGGAAUUGUACUAGCACUCUUUUGAUGUAGCUCUACCGAUAUUCUGUGGCGAUGCUAUUUUGUUUUACUGACAAGCUCUGGCUCUUUAGCCGUCAUUUUCACUGGCACAAGAGCCUUUUGUAUGUCAUUCAGUUUAAACUUUUAAACCAAAAAUUUUGUGGUCCAGUGUCUUUGGCAAAAAGAUGCUGGAGGGAAUGUAAUAUACAAUUAUUAUGUGGCUAUAUAUAAAAAGACACAAAUUGCCAUGUUAUGGUCCUGCCUUGAAACGGCACAAUGAAGUGUAUCAAUGUAUUCUGUGAUUCUUUAUGAAACUUCCAUGUUGUGUUGUUUUGUGUCGACCAUAGCCUGUCGUUUGGGCCAGAUGUGGCACAGUUAAAUGCAAUUAUCAUCUCAUUAAAUGCAGAUGCAGAUAAAAUGUCCUUUAGUGCUGCAACAUUUUACCUAACUUUUUGUAUGUUUUAUGACCGUGCGUUGUUUUCCAAAGCUGUUCCUACCUCACCAUGAGGCUUUAUGGAUUGUUAUGUAUUAUAAAUGUUCUUUAUGAGACAGACUACUGUGUUUCUUCUCAUUUAUUAAAAGUUAAGUAGAAAAAUAAACUAAUUUUAAUAUCUA